AUGGCAAACCCAACUGCGCUGCGGCCAGCGAUCGGCCGCAUGUUGCGGCUGCAAGAGACUCGACAAUGGCUGCCCGCGAACCCGACAUCCGUCUCUGCCACCCGCCCACGAAUCGCAACAUCGGCCUUCUCGACCUCAGCCGCCCACUCGAAGCGCAAGACCCGCGACAGCAACCGCCUGAGAGGAGUCUCGAGCAUGAGGAGGACUGGUCCCCGUGAGCCGCUGUCCGUCUCGUGGGAGGAGAUCCCCCAGCCGGCAGACUACAAACCCAAGGUCGGAGUGGACCCAAAACACGGGCUUUGGGAUUUUUUCUACGGCAAGCAGCUGCUACAAACGCCCAAGGAAACCCAAGCCCACGGCCGCGCAUGGUCUGUUCGGGAUCUGCGCAAAAAGAGCUGGGAUGACCUGCACUCGCUGUGGUACGUCUGCCUGAAGGAGCGAAAUCGCCUCGCGACGGCGAGAAAGGAGCGCGCCAGGCGCAUGGUUGGAUUUGGAGAGUACGAGGGCGACGAGAGAGAUGACGUGGUCCUCAGCACGAUGAGAGCGAUCAAGCACGUGUUGACGGAACGCUACUACGUUUGGGAAGAUGCACGCAAGCUUGCGGCCGAAGACCCUGAGAUCAACCUCUGGGCCGAGGAGGGCGAGCCGGCCUACAGCGGCUACGUUGCCCCCGCAAUCCCCGAGCUGGGGCCGGAGCCGGAGCUUGAGCCGGAAGUUGUUGCGGAGGAUCAGGCAGUAGAGGAGACUUCAGCCGAGCAGGGUGCGGUUGCAGCUGAUGGUGCUCCAGUCGAGGGCAAGACGGGCCCGGCGGCCGAGGUUGAUUCAGAAGCCUCGCCGGUAACUUCUGAGAUGGCUAAGAAGGAGAAGGCCGAGAAGAAGAAGCCCGAGGAGGCGAAGAAGGCUGCGGCGAAGCCCGUGGACCUGCCGGUUCCCAAGCUUUGA